AUGCAUGGCGUGGGUACUAUGAUCUGGGCUAGCAACUUCAACGUCACCUCACGUUUUGAAGGCAGUGAGGUCUACCAUGAGGCUGCCAUGGCCAACGUCCGCCUUGAGCAGACGGCGUCAACGAUUCUACUCCACCCGUAUCCGCGCGCCGACAUCAGCUCCCAAGCUCAUUGCUCGAGCGACUAUGAAUGGAUGCAGAACCAGGAAACCACCAGUCCUUGUCUGCUCGUUGCCUACGUUAUAUCGACCUGUGCCGGAACCAAUUGGACGCUGCCUGUCUUACUACCGGGAUCUCAAUACGACGGCCCCGCUGGACAAACGGUCACGCCCUGCUCUUGUUCUUGGUCCUGCUAUAACCUGAUGAUGGCGUGCACGCUUUGCCAGAGCACCAACAGUUCAGACGGUUAUAACUUGCAGACGUACUUCCCCUCCGGCUAUUCUAUAGCGGGAAACCAAACUAUUCCCUACUGGGCCGCCAUCAAUCCAACGAAUUGGGAAGGGCAAAUCUGGAAUGAACAAGAAGCUUAUCAGUACUACCAAGAAAGUGCCAUCGUUGGAGGCACUGUGGGCAGUGCUGCAUUUGUUCUUCUCCUAGGUUCUGGGACCUACAUCCUGUGUAAACGCCAGCAGUAUCGCCGCGUCCGAACUCCUCCGGUGGCAGAAGUAAAUGGAGGGCAGAACCCGAACUAG